AAAAAAACACGAUUUGUCACUCAAACCAACACGCCAUUUCUCUCUCACACACAUUUCACGAGCUUUGUUCACACAAGAUAUCACCCUUCAUUCAUUCUCCACACCUCUUCGCCCACCUCGGACGCCGCCGUCGCCUUCAUGUCUUUACUUAUAAUGUCUGUUUUCUCUCUUCUUAGUUACCCCUUCGGACCGUCGUGAACGUGUCCCUAUCUUCAAUUGUCCAUUUAAACCCUCUCCGAUUCGUUAAAUUCACGCUACACACCUCUCCUUGUUUUUUCCCUGAUCGUUUUUCGUUGAUUGAUAAUUUUCUUUUAUCCUUUUCUCCAGAGGAUCUGAGGUUUAGCUCUCCGUCCAAAAAGAGAUGAAGGGAAUGGCAGCAUACUACAAUGCCUUGCCUCAACUCCUCCACGACCAAUGGCCCAUCAAGAAAGCCCUCACAUACUCCGACGUCGACAUCACCCACCCUUUCCUCACCUUAUCUCGACAGCAAGUUGAGACCCACAUCGUCGUCCACAUGACACCUCAGCAGCAGGCCCACCUUCGAGCCGAGGGCCACGUCAGCUUCAACGCCCAAGAUGACGACACGAACGAAAUCUCCUCCAUGAAGCUGAAAUGGCGCGGGAGCUACUACAAUCUCAUCGGCAAGUGGGGCAAAGUCGUCCGCACAAAAAAUCUCGAGGUCGGCCAAGAAAUCAAACUCGGCUGGUUUAACAACUGCUUACACUUUUCAGUCCCUCAGCAGCAGAUUAUCUCUGUCCCUAUCCCGCCCGCGAGAUUACCCGAGCCUCGUCUGGUGGUUCACGACAGCUGGCCGAUCAGAAAAGUGCUGACGUCAUCCGAUGUCGACCCGAACCACCCCUUCCUCCCUUUACCCCGUAAACUAGUCGAGGAGCAUGUUCUGGCCCAGUGGGCCCCGCAAGAGAGGGAGCGUCUGAGGAAAGACGAGCAAGUUUCGGUGGAUGUACGGGAUUACGACACUGGGGAUGUUCACGGGAUGAAAAUCAAGUGGAGAGGGAAUUAUUACAAUCUAAUCGGGAAAUGGGGGAAUAUUGUAAGGCAGAGAGGGCUGAAUGUGGGCCAGGAAAUCAGGCUAAGGUGGGCCAACAAUUGUUUAUACUUUUCGGUUCCUGAUGAGCGGUACAAUGCGGCCGGGCCCAAUAACUGGCCCAUUAAGAAAGCGCUUACGCUUUCUGAUGUGGACACGAACCACCCGUUUUUGACGUUGGCGGGGAAGGCGGUGGAGGAUCAUAUUUUGUCGUGUUGGGCCCACCAGGCUCGGGAGCAGCUGAGGCACGAGCAUCAGGUGGGGGUGAAUGCGCGGGAUUACGACACGGGGGAUUCGUACGUGAUGAAGCUGAGGUGGCGCGGGAGUUAUUACAAUCUGGUUGGAAAAUGGGGGAAGAUAAUUAGGGAGAAGAGGUUGCAUGUGGGGAUGGAGAUUAGGGUGAGGUGGGAGAACGGGUGCUUGAUCUUCUCGGUGCCUCGAUGAUAAAGAUGUCGUUUCUGGAGGUACGGGCUUCCAAUUAUGUGGUCUGUCGCCAAAUGUUCAGAGGUUCUUCCUACUCGAUACUCAUUGUUGCUUUUUAAGAGUGGAUCUCAAAUUACAAAGGUUAUGACUGUACAUAUUUAGAUAUUCGUAUUUAAAAUCACUACUUCAGAUUGAUUUGUGAUUAGCGGUGGUUAUUAGAAGAUGUAUUGCCAGGUUCUUAAGCCACUGCUAAAGAAGAUACAUAAACAGGCUGUGAAAUAGGUUAUGCCUCUUUUUCAGGUUCAUAGUAAUGUAAAGAUUUGCUUAUGAACUGAUUCUCUGUCUGCAACUAAUGCUGUGUAAUUGGUUUCUACUUAAGCAUGGCCAACUGAAAAGUUUUUAACAUAUUAA